UCAUGCGCAGUCAAGACAACAUUGCCUGUCUUUUGACUUUUGCAUUUAAGAAAAGUUGGUGUGUAAAUAGGGUGUUUAUCUAUUAAAUUAAUUUGCUUUGUAAUUUAUCCAAGAAAGACACAUUGUGGUUGGUUAUCUAAGUAGAACGGGCAAGUGGAAGAGCCAUGCCAGCAGUUCGGGGAGAUGGCAUGCGUGGCUUAGCUGUGUUUAUAUCAGACAUAAGAAAUUGCAAAAGUAAGGAAGCUGAAAUAAAGAGGAUUAACAAAGAAUUGGCAAACAUAAGAAGUAAAUUUAAAGGUGAUAAAACUUUGGAUGGUUAUCAAAAGAAAAAGUAUGUAUGUAAAUUACUGUUUAUAUUUUUACUUGGGCAUGACAUUGACUUUGGGCAUAUGGAAGCAGUCAACCUCCUCUCGUCCAACAAAUAUUCCGAGAAACAGAUAGGCUACUUAUUCAUAUCAGUUCUAGUCAACACUAACAGUGAGCUUAUAAAACUUAUCAUCCAAAGCAUUAAAAAUGAUUUGGCAUCAAGAAAUCCUAUCCAUGUUAAUUUGGCAUUACAAUGUAUCGCCAAUAUCGGCAGUCGAGAAAUGGCUGAAGCGUUCGGCAAUGAUAUACCAAAAUUACUUGUGUCAGGUGAUACGAUGGAUGUUGUUAAGCAAAGUGCAGCUCUUUGCCUCUUGAGAUUAUUUAGAACCUCCCAGGAAAUAAUUCCUGGUGGGGAAUGGACGUCACGGAUAAUCCACUUAUUAAACGACCAACAUAUGGGUGUUGUGACUGCCGCUACAAGUCUUAUCGAUGCUCUGGUUAAAAAGAACCCCGAGGAGUACAAGGGAUGCGUAUCUUUAGCCGUCUCCCGUUUGAGUAGGAUCGUGACGGCCAGUUAUACAGAUUUACAAGAUUAUACAUAUUAUUUUGUACCGGCACCAUGGUUGUCAGUAAAAUUGCUACGUCUGCUUCAGAAUUAUACACCACCAGCCGAAGAUCCUGGAGUGCGUGGUAGACUGAAUGAAUGUUUAGAAACGAUAUUAAACAAAGCUCAAGAGCCUCCAAAAUCCAAAAAGGUACAACACUCAAAUGCCAAAAAUGCCGUUCUCUUCGAAGCCAUUAGUCUUAUCAUACACAAUGACAGUGAAGCGAAUUUAUUGGUUAGAGCAUGUAACCAAUUGGGACAGUUUUUGAGCAACCGAGAAACGAAUUUAAGAUAUCUAGCAUUAGAAUCGAUGUGUCACUUAGCAACAUCCGAGUUUUCACACGAGGCUGUGAAGAAGCACCAGGAGGUCGUAAUACUUUCUAUGAAAAUGGAAAAAGAUGUUUCGGUGAGGCAGCAAGCUGUCGACUUAUUGUACGCGAUGUGUGACAAAAGUAAUGCUGAAGAAAUCGUACAGGAAAUGUUAAAUUAUUUAGAGACUGCUGAUUAUUCUAUUCGUGAAGAAAUGGUCUUAAAAGUUGCUAUUCUUGCUGAAAAAUAUGCGACGGACUAUACAUGGUAUGUCGAUGUAAUUUUGAAUUUAAUAAGAAUAGCAGGCGAUUAUGUAUCUGAAGAAGUGUGGUAUCGUGUCAUACAAAUUGUUAUAAACAGGGAUGAAGUGCAAGGCUACGCAGCCAAAACUGUAUUUGAGGCACUUCAAGCUCCAGCAUGUCACGAAAAUAUGGUCAAAGUUGGAGGUUACAUAUUGGGCGAAUUUGGCAAUUUGAUAGCUGGUGAUCAACGGUCAUCACCUUCCGUACAAUUUCAGCUUCUCCAUUCGAAGUAUCACCUUUGCUCCCCCAUGACACGUGCUCUUCUUCUUUCGACAUACAUUAAAUUUAUCAAUUUAUUCCCUGAAAUCAGGACACAAGUUCAGGAAGUAUUCAAACAGCACAGCAAUCUACGUUCUGCCGAUGCGGAGUUACAGCAGAGAGCUUCGGAAUAUUUGCAGUUAAGUAUCAUUGCGAGUUCUGAUGUUUUGGCAACUGUGUUGGAAGAAAUGCCCGCCUUUCCGGAGAGAGAAAGUUCAAUUCUUGCCGUUUUGAAGAAAAAGAAACCAGGACGUGUACCAGAAAAUGAUAUUAAAGAAAAUAAAAGUCCUACUCCUGUAACCAAUCAUAAUAAUGAUGUCAACAGCGCUAGUACGGGAUCAACGGAUCUCCUCGGCUUGUCCACUCCACCCACUUCUCAACCCAAUUCAGGCAAUACAGGUGUUUUACUAGAUGUUCUAGGUGAUAUUUACAACAAGCCGGCAAAUAAUUUGAGUAGUACUCCUUCAAACAACACGUGGUUCGUUGAUCCCAAAAAAUUUAUAUGUAAAAAUAACGGCGUCUUGUUUGAAAAUGAUCUGAUUCAAAUCGGAGUUAAAAGCGAGUUCCGUCAAAACCUCGGACGCCUUGGUUUAUUUUACGGUAACAAGACGAGUGCUCCAUUGCAAAACUUUGUUCCAACUUUGCUAUGGUCAGACGAGCAAGCUGCUAAACUGAGCAUACAGAUGAAGCCAGUCGAACCGGUUCUUGAGGCUGGAGCACAAAUCCAACAAAUGAUCAAUGCGGAGUGCAUAGACGAUUACACAGAUGCUCCAAGUAUAGUUGUUAGUUUUAUUUGUAAUAACAUCCCCCAGAAGAUAACAAUUAAACUUCCGUUGACGAUAAAUAAGUUCUUUGAACCCACUGAGAUGAAUGGCGAAUCAUUUUUUGCUAGAUGGAAAAAUCUUGGAAAUACGAAUCAACAAAGAUCUCAGAAGAUAUUUAAAGCUUCUUCGCCAAUGGACUUGCAAGCUGCCAGAACUAAAAUAAUGGGAUUCGGAAUGCAGCUUCUAGAUGGUAUCGACCCCAAUCCAGAUAAUUUUGUUUGCGCUGGCAUUAUUCACAUGCGUUCACAACAGGUUGGAUGUCUUCUACGCUUAGAACCAAACAAAAAUGCUCAGAUGUAUAGACUAACAGUACGAUCAAGUAAAGAGACUGUUUCUGUAGAAAUUUGUGAUCUCCUGGCUGAACAAUUUUAAUUAUUUUAGAAGAGAUUUGAAUGAGAGGGUACAUUCCACUUUAGUUGAAUAAGUUAAUCAAAAUUUGUAAAUGAUUUGCGACAGUCUGCAAUGUGCUCCUCUAUAAUUUCGUCUAUUUUCAAAAUGCUUUGUAUAAAUUAGAUUGAGGCAGUCCCAUCUAAAAAAUAAGACAAUAUAUAUUAAGUGUGUGAUGUUUAGCAUUUGACUGUAAGAUUGAACCAGUUUGUCGACUUUUUUCAUAAUUUAGUUACUGGUACAUGAGUAACUUGCUUAGUUGCUCGUAUAUUUAUCAAAUAAACGUAAUUAUUUUGAUUCUUUGAAAUUAUUCUGAUUUUGAGGUGUUAAUAACUUGGCUUGUCAAAAAAAUACAUUUUUUUGUUACGGUAAAGAGCUUAGUGUAUAGAAGCAAAAUAUUCAUGUACUAAUUUAUUUAAUCUUUGCAAUGAAGAUCUGCUCUUAUCGAAUUAUUAUAUUUAUUCAAACAUGUAGAUUGAACAAUACUGUUAGAUUCAAAUAUAAAGGAAAGCAGGCAUUAACACUGCAGUUGUAUAAAAUAGUGUUGUUGAUGCCUGCAAAAGGCAGUGGCGUCUUUAAUUUUGUUUUUACGAAGUUGGCUAGAAAUCCACCAAUUUUUGAAAACUUAAAGAACUAAGGCAGUUUCAAAAACACUUUUUUUUAUAAAUAUAGUCUGUAUUUUGAUUUACCAGAGGAAUUUAUUUUAUUGUUGUUUUUAACCAUAUUUUAAUUAUUAUCUGAUAGUAUUAGAUGUUAUAAUAAAUAAUCCAUUAUUUUGUAUAUGUUGAUUGUAUAAACAAGUAAAAUAUUAUACGACAUGUAACUGAAAUAUCUGUCUAUAUAAAUUAUUUGUAUUCCAGUUUGUUAGAUACGUUUGUAAGUUAUUCCUAUUUUUUUAUGUUAGUUAUAUAUGCAUGGAUUUCAUGUAAAAAAAUUA